AUGUCAAAUCAUACGAAAGGUAGACAAUCAUUACCACCAAUGUCAUCAAAUCCAUAUUCGACGCCAACGUCAAUUUCGAAACCACCGCAUUCCAGUUCCCAUCCACAUUCACAUUCACAUACAUCUGUAGGAAAUGGGAAUCAAACAUUAAUCUUAUCUUCAACACGUAUAAAACCUCAACCACAAUCGCAACCGCAGUUUCAGCCAUAUCACAAUACGAUGAUAAGUGGAAAUGGGAAUGGAAAUGGAACUGGAAAUGGAAGUGGGAGUGGUUUAAGUACUUCUAGAUCAUUAGGUAAUUUAAGAGGAUCAAGUGAAGGUGCUUCUUCUUCAGGAUUACCAAGUGCAUCAAAGAAUACAAAUACAAGUUCCAGGAAGAAGAACAAAAAAGGAAUGAAAGGUUGGGCUUGGGUAGUAGAAGAUGAAAAUGGAAAUAUAAUUGAUGCUCCAGAAGAAGAUGAUUCUACAAUCGCAUUACUUCGACAACAGCAACAGCAAAGUGAGACAAGCGGAUUAGGCGAUGGAAUUAUAUCGCUGGAAGCACAAGCGGGAAGAGGAGGAACAAGCGGUGGAUAUUCAGCUUCAAUCACAAGAUCGAAUGAUAAACAAGAUAAAGAGACGUUGACGGAGAAGCCAGUUUCGAGACAAUCAAAUGCGACUACUGCAAUAACACAUCAUCGUGAUGGUGAUACGGACUUGACUUCACCGAUCCUUAGUAGAGCGUCCACCGCAACAGUCGAAGUAAUCCCUUCCAAGAGGAAUAGGAAGAGUUCAAGCCCUUUAUCACAAGAUGAUAAUGAAGCUCCCUCUCCCUCACCCGCUUAUCGCUCGCCUUCACCUCCUUCACCUGAUUCCUUCCCUGAUAAAUCGGUCAAUCCUUAUUCUGGUAAUAACACUGAUUCCGAAUCUGAACUUUCAGCUUUAAGUCCUCUACCAUCGGAUACCUCUGCGCUUGACCCCGUCGUCGUACCAAUCACCACAAAUACAAAUACCAAAGUUCCUGAUUCAAGUAUAUCUGAUUCUCAUACCAAGAAAAGACGAAAGACUUCCCUACCGCCUCCAGCACCAGUACCUACCAUUUCGACGGGACUUGUUAAUCCAACAGGUACCGCUACGCCUUCAACGACCAUACCAAAACAACCACCCACAGCAAAUUCUGUGACCAACGCCAAUGUCAAAUCAGCAAGAACCAAAACACCACGUACAUCAACAACUGUAUCAUCCCAUGCACCAACCAGAACACAAAAAGCAUUACUCAUACGAGAAGCUAAUUCAUCGAGUAGAGCAGGUUCACAACAUGUUGUAGAAGAUGAUACACCAUUGCCACCACCGCCCACAAGAACAGGAAUGGGUGAAGGAGCCUUUCCACCUCCAAAAGAAUCUUUCCUGAGACAAGAAUCAUUAAUCAGGAAAGAAGCCGAAUUCAUAAUACAUUCAACUGAACAGCAUAUGGUAGAAUUGCAGAAACAAACAGAACGAUUAGAAAGGAAUGGUACUAUACCGGUCUCCGGUAAAAGGAAUAGCAGGAAAUCCGUCAAUUAUAAUGAAGCUGAUAACGACGACGAUAAUGAAGAUUUCGAAAUGUUAGAUGACAAUUUAGAUCGGAACAGAGAUGCCACCGAUGUCUCUCAACAAGGCAGAGCAGGGCCUGGGCCUUCCUCCACUUCCAAUGCACAUAACAGGCGAUCCUUUGGACAAACUUAUAAUCAAGGUCAAAAUCGAAUUGAACAAGGAAGAUCUUCUUCAACAAUGAAUUUCCCACCACCCACGAUGAAUAUGUCAUUCGAAGGUCAAUUUAACCAACUACAAAAAGAACAUAAAGCCUCUGUAUUAGCUUCAAGAGCGUCUGAACAAUCGAAACCACCAAUAUUCAAUAGAAACGCAAGACCAUCGGUGAUAUUAGCGAAUGGAAGUGGUAUAGUAGGUGGAAACAGAUCAGUACCUAGAGACAGGACGGAGAGAAGCUAUCAAGAUGGUUUAAGUGGACUGACUAAUGAAAUGGAGAGUGAUGCUCAAGGUUUUGUGGAUAAUGUCAAAGACAAUCUCCGAGCAAUCCUCAAAUAUUACUUCCCCGAAAGAUCCCCUCGACGGGAUGCAUUCUGCGAGAGAAUAGGAAGAGGUCUAGCUCAAAUGGGCUGGGAAUUGACUGAUGACUCAGAUGCCGCUUUAUUACCGUAG